AUGAAUGAUAUCUUGAAGUUAGGAGGGUUCAAUCUGGACGAGUUGGAUGUUCUUGUUGAGGAGGAGAUAAUUGAUGAUGUGCUUGGUAUCGUAUCCCAGCAAGCAUUGUUAGACGUAAGAAUUGGAAGACUUGAGGUUGUUGCUGAUCGCAUUGAAAAAAAGUUUGAUACUUUUGCAUCACAAUGCACAACUUCAUUUUCUGUGAUGGAGAAACGACUGGGAGAGAUUGGACAUAUUCUAUCCCAAUUUGUUAAUAAAUCGACGACUACGAAGGAUGUCCCGCAUGACACGGGGGGAAACAACGGAGAUGAUGAAAUUGAUCUGACGAAGGCUGACUUGGAUGAUCCACAAGCUGCAAAGGGACACCAAGCAGAGGAAAUGGCAGGUGUGGUGUUCCCCCGAAUAACCCAUAUCAAUGAUAAUGUGGAGCCCGCAAUCUACAUUUACAUAUUUGACAAAAACUUGCCAUCUGAGUAUGUGAUGUUGUACCCUAUAUUUGAAGCAAUAUCAUAUGCUUAA